UUGGCACCGGACUGUGCCCACGGCGCCUCGCCCAUCUCCCUCCCCCAGCUAAGCGGGGACCACUGUUCUCUACAUCCUUAAGUAGCCUGCGACCUGCUCGGACCCUUAGCAGUUCAAGGCUCCCAGUCUUUAGCUCCUCUUACCCUUCCCCUCUUCUUUCCCCCACCGCCAGCCGCCCGCCGACGCCCCCAGAUCUCUCGGGCUCGCCCUUCCUGAAAGUAGGCGAGGCCCAGAAGCUGAGGCUGGGGCGAGGAAGGAGGGAGGAGCGAAGCGCGGCGGCCGGGGGCGUGUCUUUCCAAGCCCCGCCCCCGGGUGCGCGCGGCGGUGGCGGCGGCGGCAGAGCCUCGCUCUGAGAGACAGUAUAAUGAGUAUGAUGAAUAUCACUGUACAUAAGUCUUUAUGCACAUCUCUGAUAUUUCCUUAGGAUAAAUGAGGAGCUGAUUCUUAAUCCUGUCAUAUUGAAUGGACAGCAAAUUAUGGAUGAACCUAUGGGAGAGGAGGAGAUUAAUCCACAAACUGAAGAAGGCAGUAUCAAAGAAAUUGCAAUCACACAUCAUGUAAAGGAAGGACAUGAAAAGGCAGAUCCUUCCCAAUUUGAACUUUUAAAAGUAUUAGGGCAGGGAUCAUUUGGAAAGGUUUUCUUAGUCAAAAAAAUCUCAGGCUCUGAUGCUAGACAGCUUUAUGCCAUGAAAGUAUUGAAGAAGGCCACAUUGAAAGUUCGAGAUCGUGUUCGGACAAAAAUGGAGCGUGAUAUCUUGGUAGAAGUUAAUCAUCCUUUUAUUGUCAAGUUGCAUUAUGCUUUUCAAACUGAAGGGAAGUUGUAUCUUAUUUUGGAUUUUCUCAGGGGAGGAGAUUUGUUUACACGCUUAUCCAAAGAGGUGAUGUUCACAGAAGAAGAUGUCAAAUUCUACUUGGCUGAACUUGCACUUGCUUUAGACCAUCUACAUAGCCUGGGAAUAAUCUAUAGAGACUUAAAACCAGAAAACAUACUUCUUGAUGAAGAAGGUCACAUCAAGUUAACAGAUUUUGGCCUAAGUAAAGAGUCUAUUGACCAUGAAAAGAAGGCAUAUUCUUUCUGUGGAACUGUGGAAUACAUGGCUCCCGAAGUAGUUAAUCGUCGAGGUCAUACUCAGAGUGCAGACUGGUGGUCUUUUGGUGUGUUAAUGUUUGAAAUGCUUACUGGUACACUACCUUUCCAAGGAAAAGAUCGAAAAGAAACAAUGACUAUGAUUCUUAAAGCCAAACUUGGGAUGCCACAGUUUUUGAGUCCUGAAGCCCAGAGUCUUUUACGAAUGCUUUUCAAACGAAAUCCUGCAAACAGAUUAGGUGCAGGACCAGAUGGAGUUGAGGAAAUUAAAAGACAUUCAUUUUUCUCAACAAUAGACUGGAAUAAACUGUACAGAAGAGAAAUUCAUCCGCCUUUUAAACCUGCAACUGGCAGGCCUGAAGAUACAUUCUAUUUUGAUCCUGAGUUUACUGCAAAAACUCCCAAAGAUUCACCGGGUAUUCCACCUAGUGCUAAUGCACAUCAGCUUUUUCGGGGGUUUAGUUUUGUUGCUAUCACCUCAGAUGAUGAAAGCCAAGCUAUGCAGACAGUUGGUGUGCAUUCAAUUGUGCAGCAGUUGCACAGAAACAGUAUUCAGUUUACUGAUGGAUAUGAAGUAAAAGAAGAUAUUGGAGUUGGCUCCUACUCUGUUUGCAAGAGAUGCAUACAUAAAGCUACAAACAUGGAGUUUGCAGUGAAGAUCAUUGAUAAAAGCAAGAGAGACCCAACAGAAGAAAUUGAAAUUCUUCUUCGUUAUGGACAGCAUCCAAACAUCAUUACUCUAAAGGACGUAUAUGAUGAUGGAAAAUAUGUGUAUGUAGUGACAGAACUUAUGAAAGGGGGUGAAUUGCUGGAUAAAAUUCUUAGACAGAAAUUUUUCUCUGAAAGAGAGGCCAGUGCUGUCCUGUUUACUAUAACCAAAACUGUUGAAUAUCUUCAUGCACAAGGGGUGGUCCACAGAGACUUGAAACCUAGCAACAUUCUUUAUGUGGAUGAAUCUGGCAAUCCAGAAUCUAUUCGAAUUUGUGAUUUUGGCUUUGCCAAACAGCUAAGAGCAGAAAACGGUCUUCUCAUGACUCCUUGUUAUACUGCAAAUUUUGUUGCACCGGAGGUUUUAAAACGACAAGGCUAUGAUGCUGCUUGUGAUAUAUGGAGUCUUGGUGUCCUCCUCUAUACAAUGCUUACUGGUUACACUCCAUUUGCAAAUGGCCCUGAUGAUACACCAGAGGAAAUAUUGGCACGGAUAGGCAGCGGAAAAUUCUCACUCAGUGGUGGUUACUGGAAUUCUGUUUCGGACACAGCAAAGGACCUGGUGUCAAAGAUGCUUCAUGUGGAUCCUCAUCAGAGACUGACUGCUGCCCUUGUGCUCAGACAUCCUUGGAUCGUCCACUGGGACCAACUGCCACAAUACCAACUAAACAGACAGGACGCACCCCAUCUAGUCAAGGGUGCUAUGGCAGCUACAUAUUCUGCUUUAAACCGUAAUCAGUCGCCAGUUUUGGAACCAGUAGGCCGCUCUACUCUUGCUCAGCGGAGAGGUAUUAAAAAAAUCACCUCCACAGCCCUGUGAAGUGACCUCAGUGAGCUAUUUGGUACCAUGGUGUAAGCUGAUAGCACAAGUUCUGGCGACAGGUAGCACAUAUCUGAGAGACACCUGCAAGCACACACUGUCCCAGCUGGUACCCAUAAUGCUGCUGCUCCUGCUGCUGCUCCUGCUUCCAUCUCUUCUCGCUUUAAAUGAUUGUUAGCAAGUUAGAUUUUCCUGGAGCUUCGGGUGAAAUGAAAAUGGAAACAUGAUGAAGACAUAUUCACUGAAUCAACAAGAAUAAUGAACAUAUGAAUACCACCUAAAAAUACACUGAAUAAAGUACUCUACACCAUAUAGCAUUAUUUUUAUAGGAAAUAUUUCAUGUCCCUGAAAUAUUCUUUGUUAGUUAUAGGGAUGGACAGUUUAUGUUAAGCACUUAGCUUAAACAAUCCGUUUCUAUUAGCACUGUAUCCCUUGUGCCAUCCAACAUUUUGUAUGUUUUUGUAAACAGUUCAUACACAGUACAUUUCUGUACUGCUUUCUUUAAUGUAUACAUGCUUUGUUUAACUUGGAAUCUAUUAUUAUUAAUCAAUUGACUAUUAAAUCGGGUUAAAUAGUUCACCUGGAUUAACAGUAUUGUUGGACAGCCCUAAAAAUGGCCAGAUUGUGGAACAGCUGUUGAAUGUAAUACUUCCAAAAUGUAUAUAUCUUUCCCCAUGUCUGUUUCACUGGUUCGUUCAUUUGUUUGUUUCUUAAAGUCAGGUGCUUUGUCAGACUAACUUAGAGAGCUGUUAUGGUAGAGAAAGUUAUCACGUGUGUGUGGCAUGACAUCAAGAGUACACCUAUGAAGUUAGUCCAUAUACGUUGCAACUCUUUAGGGUUCUUUUUUCCUUAAUUAAGGAAGUAGUUCUUGCACUUUUGAUCUUGAAUAGUAUCCAUACUUAGUAUUUGGCAUAUAAUUUGGGAUUUUUCCAAUAUACAUCAAAGGCCUUUAAGAGUUAUGGUGAAGAUAUUAGCGAAGGAAAAUUUAACAACAGGUCAUUCAAGUCCCAUUAGAUCUUUCAUGUUUAAAUAGAUCAAAUUGCAGAAUUUAGCGUAUGAAUAACAGGAUACCUGUUCUUGUAUACCUGCAAGAAAAGUAUGCUUUUUUGGAAAAAAGGUAAAUCAUAAUGAGUUCUAUCCCAUUACAAUGCUCUAUAUUAAACACUAAUUUGAAUGUAAUAAAGGCCACCAGCCUCACUAUGAAAUUGGAUUUAAACUUUCUUAUUUGAGGGAAUAAAACAUUCUUGAUCAAACAGUAUCUGUUCUCACCUGAAAUCAUAGCUCAAGUAGCCUAAGUGAAUGUUCACCAUUGAGUGUUUUCUGAAUUCCUUCUGAUGAUUUAUAGCCAUAUAACGCUUCCUUUAACUUCAGAAAUGAUCAGCUUUCAUAGUGGUGGUCACUGGGUCUGCUUAGAUUACAGUAUUCAUUACCUACAUCUGAUUUGGGUAGUUUCCACAAUUCUCUUUGAUUAAAGAAACUUUUGUAUCCA